AUGGAUUGUCUCGGUCUUUGGAUUAUGCCAAUCUUCAAUAUGAUACUAGAUGUUACUCAAUUCUGGAGAGAUAAACUACUAUCCUGGUGGCACUCCAAGUCCCCUCGAGAUCGUCUCUUCCACACCCUAGCCAACGCCCAAAGCUACGAAGAAUGGGAAGAAGCAGCGUUCGAGCUGGACGAGCUCCUUAGCAAAGACCUAUGGCGCCAAAACCCCAUCAGCCGACACUACGAUUACAGACUAAUCCUUGGCCGGCUGGAAGCCCUAAUGAGCGCCCGUGAAUCCGAAGACAUCCUAACCCUCGUCAAUCUCCUGCGCUCCGGCCUGGUCCGCAAUCUAGGCAAUAUAACCUCGACGAAAUUAUUCACCCAUGCCUACGCAGGCACAAAACUGCUUAUAGAUGACUAUAUCACCCAAGUGGCACUCUCAAUUCAAUACGUGACAGGCGUGCAGCCGACGCUCCCAAGUCUGUUCACUUCCCAGGCCAAAUUAGAAUUGCUGCAUGAUACGCGGCAGGCGUUCGGAAGGACGACGCUGCUUUUGCAGGGUGGUUCCGCGUUCGGACUUUGCCAUCUGGGCGUUGUCAAGGCGUUGCAUUUGCAGGGUCUCCUGCCGCGGAUUGUGACUGGAACCGCGACUGGAGCGAUGAUUGCUGCCCUUGUUGGGAUUCAUUCAGAGGAUGAACUGCUUCCCCUGCUUGAUGGGGAGGGGAUUGAUCUUUCGGCAUUUGAGCGUAGAAAGAAGGCUAAUGGUGCCGAGGGGAAUUCUGAUUCUUCGUGGUUCGGGACAUUUUACCGUCGCAUGAAGCGGCUGUUCAACAAGGGGUAUUUGUUUGAUGUGGCUGUUUUGGAGGAGUGCGUGAGAGCUAAUGUGGGGGAUUUGACGUUUGAGGAGGCUUAUGCGCGCUCGAAGCGCAUUUUGAAUAUCACCGUUGCGACAACGGGGAAGAAUGGAACGCCGAAUUUGUUGAAUUAUCUCACGGCUCCGAAUGUGCUCAUUUGGUCUGCAGCUGUCGCAUCUAACGCUUCCUCUGCUACGGCCCUUUACUCUCCGGUGACAAUCUACUGCAAAGACGAAACAGGAACAAUCGUCCCGUGGCCACACACUCAAGACGCCAUAUUCCGCCCCUGGCGACAUGUGAACUACAACGAAGGCGAAUCUCCGCUCUCGCGAAUCUCCGAACUCUUUAACGUAAACCACUUCAUCGUCUCACAAGCCCGCCCGUACUUAGUUCCAUUCCUGCGCUCAGAACUCAACCUCCUGGACAGACAACAAACAGGCUGGAACAAUCUCUCCCGCUCUUUGAUGCGGCUUAUCAUUGUCGAACUCAGACACAGACUCCGACAACUCGAUUAUCUGGGUCUUCUGCCUUCGGCAUUGAGCAGACUCCUUAUCGACGAUACAAUUCCAGGACCUAAUCUGACUCUGGUUCCGGAUUUGUGUUUCUGGGAUUUAAGCAAACUGUUCCAGAGUCCAACCAGAGAUCGCGUUGCGGAGUGGACGCUCAAAGGUGAGCGUGGUGUUUGGCCUGCUAUUAGUGCGUUGAAGGUUAGGGAGGCUGUAGAGAUUGAGUUGGAUAGGGGGUAUCAGCUUGUAAGGAGGAGGAGACCGAGUGAUGCUUCUCUCUCGGUUUCUGUGCCUAGGCAGCCUAAUAUCAUGAAUGAGGGGGUUCCGAGGAAGAGAAGGGGUGGCAGUGAGAAUGAGGAUGGGAUUCUUGCUGAUCGGGAGUGA